AUGAGGUUCUGGACGUGGGAGCAGUGCGGUGAGGUCAGUCUGGUGCUGCUGGGAUUCCUGACUCUGGUUCUGUCCGUAGGAAACCUGUCCGCCAGGGGGCAGGAGGAAGGUGUGGCCUCGAACAGCCUGGAGGAUGACCAGGAGGGGAACACCUAUUGGUGGGGGGAGUGGGCCAAAUGGACCGCCUGCACCCGCACCUGCGGAGGGGGGGUCAUGUCUCAGGAGAGGCACUGUCUCAAACAGAGAAAGAAAGCAGCCACUGGUAGGGACAAUGUGACCUGCACAGGUAUUGCACGGAAAUACAUCCUCUGUAACACCAAGGACUGCCCUUCAUCUGGGAGGAGCUUCAGAGAGGAGCAGUGCUGGUCCUUCAACUCACAGCUUUACAAUGGCAGGAACUACCACUGGAAACCACUGUAUCCGGACGACUACGUUCACAUCUCCAGUAACCCCUGCGACCUCCACUGCACCACGGCCGACGGGCAGCGCCAGCUCAUGGUGCCGGCGCGCGACGGCACUUCCUGCAAGUACAGCGACUACCGAGGGGUGUGUGUGGACGGGAGGUGUGAGCCAAUUGGAUGCGAUGGAGUACUGUUCUCCCCCAACACCCUGGAUAAGUGUGGAGUUUGUCAGGGCAACGGGAGCAGCUGUAGCAGGGUCACCGGAAGCUUCCGUCGUGGGGCCACUACUUUGGGUUACUCCUUCAUCACCCAGAUCCCUGAGGGCUCCUGGGACAUCCAGAUCAUCGAGAGGAAAAAGUCAGCUGAUGUUUUGGCUGUGACUGACCAGGCUGGGAACUUCUUCUUUAACGGGGCCUACAAGGUGGACACCCCCCAGAACUUCCAUGCAGCGGGGACCAUCUUCAAGUACCGCAGGCCCAUGGACGUAUAUGAGACUGGGAUUGAAUACAUUGUGGCCAAGGGCCCCAUUGACCAGCCUGUCAAUAUUCUGGUAUGGAACCAAAACGGGCGUAUCCCCUACGUCACCUUCGAGUACACCACCCUCCGGGAGUCGCUGUCGCCCGUCCCCCCGCCCCCCCUCUACACGGGCCAGGACGGCGCCGCAGCAGCAGGGGCCUCGCUGGAGGUGGGGGCCGUGGUGCUGGCCUCCAACGGGAGCGUGGACGACAAGGCCCAGGUGCUGAGGCAGGGGGGCGCCAGCGCUGGCGAGGAUGAGGGGCCGAAGGGACAGGAAACCAAUGAGGUGUACGUGGAGGGCGCCGCCGUCGACUGUCAUCAGGAUGGAGCGACCCCGCCUCAAUACACAGAAGCCAACAGCAGCCAAACAGGAUCUUCCACCCUCCAGGAGGAGGUGCCAGACUCUCAGAAUCUCAUCUGGAGGGUCCUGCUGGGCGAGCGCAUCGGUCCGGACGAGCUGCUCAUUAACAUUUCCACCAAUCAGCUCCUGACGGACGGCGAGGGGGUGUUUUUGUCCGAGGUGGGUCCUCUGGACAUGGAGUACGUCAACCUGGAGAGCGGGCGACGCUUCCCCUUCAACGGGACCGUGGGGGAGUUCAGUCUGGGCCGCCGGCGCAACGACACCGGGGACUUCUUCUUCCAGAACAGGACAGUUCUCACGGUCCUGAGGAGUGGGAAUCGCACCAACCGAACCAGGGGGAAUCAGAAGUUCCUGCAGAAGAACUUCAAGCUGAGUGCGGCAGACAUGUACCGCUGGAAACUGUCUGCACAAGAGCCUUGCAGCAUGACCUGUUCUAUAGGGGUUUCUAAGUCCCUGGCUAUGUGUGUACGCUACGAUGGUGUGGAGGUAGACGACAUGUACUGUGAUGCCCUGACCAGACCUGAACCUGUCCAUGACUUCUGCAUCGGGAGGGAAUGCCAGCCCAGGUGGGAGGCGAGCAGCUGGAGUGAGUGCUCCCAGACCUGUGGGGAGGGGUUCCAGUUUAGGCUGGUGCGCUGCUGGAAGAUGCUCUCUCCUGGCCUGGACAGCUCUGUGUACAGUGACCUCUGCACCCUGGCUGAACUGGAGCGCCCCCCGGAGCGCAGGCCCUGCAAGAGCCCCACCUGUGGACCUCAGUGGGAGGUGGCUGAGUGGACGGAGUGUCCGGCCAAGUGUGGCCUCAGGGGUGUGGUCGCGCGGGAGGUAAGGUGUUCGGAUGACACGAAGCCAUGUGACCCCAUGACCCGCCCCUCCAACGCCAAAAACUGCACAGGGCCGCCAUGUGAACGCCAGUGGACCGUGUCUGAAUGGGGACCUUGCUCGGGGUCGUGCGGCCAGGGGAAGAUGGUUCGCCACGUGUACUGUAAGACCCCAGAGGGCCGGGUGGUCCCUGAGUCCCAGUGCUCCCCGGAAAACAAGCCCCUCGCCAUCCACCCCUGUGGGGACAAGGACUGUGCCCCCCACUGGCUCAACCAGGACUGGGAGAGGUGCAACACCACCUGCGGCCGCGGGGUGAAGCAGAGGAUCGUGCUGUGCGCCGGCAUCUCCGGCGGAAAGUUCAAGACCUUUGACGAGGAGGAGUGCGGUGCCGGUGAAAGACCCGAGGAGGAGAACACCUGUUUCGAGAGGCCGUGUUUCAAGUGGUACACCACACCCUGGUCUGAGUGCACCAAAACCUGCGGGGUGGGCGUCAGGAUGAGGGACGUGAAGUGCUACGAGGGCCGGGAGAUCGUCCGCGGGUGCGAUCCCCUCACCAAGCCGGUGGCCAAACAAACCUGCGCCCUCCAGCCCUGUCCCACUGAGCCCCCAGAUGAGAGCUGUCAGGACCGUCCCACCACGAACUGCUCCCUGGCCCUGAAGGUGAACCUGUGCAGCCACUGGUACUACAGCAAGGCCUGCUGUUACUCCUGCAGGGCCCAGCGCUCCUCCUAGUCCUGCCUGGGGAGCCCUUUCUCCAGAAGCCGCAGCCCCACAGCCUCA